UCAAUCAAACAAGAACACCAUGUUGUUGUUCAAAUAACUAGUAAAAAAAAAUCUAUAUAAGCACUUGUAUACACUUGUUUGUAUUUGGUUUUUCUCCUUUAUUAUGCACGCUUGUUGAAUUUUGGUCCCUUCUUCUUGCAAAGAAUUGCUCCACAUAAACAAAUCCUCUGGACUAUCCUUUUCACUUUCUUGAUAGCCUUCUCUUCCUUUUUCACUUUUGGGUCUUCUUAUGUUUUGGGAAAGAAAGAGUUUUAGAAAGAGCAGAAGCAAAAAAGCUGCUUGGAGACUUCUAUUCUCCAGCCAGUGAAGUAGAAAAGAUAACUUUUUGUGGGAGGUGUUAUACAUGGAGAGAACAACAUUUGUUGGGGGAGGGAAUUAUCCAUACGAGAAUGGGAUGGUGAUGAUGACAAGAGACCCUAAGCCAAGACUUAGGUGGACUGCUGAUCUUCAUGAUCGUUUUGUUGAUGCUGUCACCAAGCUUGGUGGCCCCGACAAGGCAACUCCAAAGGCAGUCUUGAGGUUAAUGGGAUUAAAGGGUUUGACAUUGUACCACUUAAAGAGUCAUUUACAGAAAUACAGAUUAGGGCACCAGGCUCGGAGACAGAACAUUUCAGAACAAAGCAGGGAGAGCAGAGGGGCUUCAUAUGUAAACUUCAGUCAUGGUUCCUCAGCGACAAGUACCAGUUCACCAAGAAUGGAUAAAGAACAAGGAGAAAUCCCAGUUGCAGAGGCAUUGAAUAGUCAGAUUGAAGUACAGAAAACAUUACAAGAACAACUUGAGGUACAGCAGAAGCUGCAGAUGAGAAUAGAGGCACAAGGGAAGUACUUGCAGUCCAUACUGGAGAAAGCCGAGAAGAGCCUCUCACAGAACUUGAAUGACGACGGAAAUGGGAAUUUAGAAGCUACAAGAGCUCAAUUAACAGGCUUCAAUUUGGCUAUAUCUAGUCUCAUUGAGAAUUUGAAUGCAGAAGAUAGGAAACCACACAUCACUGAUUUGCAAGGUGUCAAUAUCAAGACAAAUGGUUCGGCUAUCCAUAUCGAUAGAGAGGGACAGACACAGGAAACUAAAGAUGUGAAGCACCACCUUCAUGGAGAUUCCGUACAUUUUGACUUAAACACCAAGGGUACCUAUGAUUUUGUUGCUGCAAAUGGAUCUGAGUUAGAACUCAAAAUGCUUUCAUAUAGGAGAUAAAUUAGUAGUAAUAUUUAGUAAUUACUUCCACAACAAACAUUUUGCAACUCCUUAUAGUGUGACCCUAAAAAGCUGCUUAUAAAUUAUGUUAUAAACUUGACAGAUCCUCUAUUUACAAUUUGUUGUGUA